AAAACGACACCCUGAAAGGACCAAAAAAAAGACGUGCUUGUGCUUACUGGUGUGUAGACCACAAUGGAAUUUUAUGAAUGAAUGCCCAUCGUCUGUAAAACAGGGCAUGGAAUUAUCAGUCCUGAUUCCUGUGAAUAAUCAAUUAGGCUACCCAACUUUAUCAGGAGUAUUCGCGAGCCUAUUUGCAAUGUGUUUACACAGCGGGAAAUUCAGAAUUUUAACUAGGCAAGUCAUUUAAGAAGAGAUCCUUAUUUUCAAUGACAGCGGAUCAACUGCCUUGUUCAGGGGUAAAACGACAUAUUUUUACCUUGUCAGCUCGGGGAUUCGAGUCCAACGCUCUAACCACUAGGCUACCUGCCGCCCCAAUUAAUCGGCUUGUCAAAAAUUGAAGGAUACAAACCACUGAUCAUGACAAUGGGGUGAAAUUCCUGGACAACAGUCGUUAUCGUCCAUUCCAUAUUGUCCAUUUUAAUUUGACAUGUGCUGUUUUUAGGAUAUGUUGUUUGUUAACAUAACAGGGCUUUUUUUUGUUUUGAUUGAGCGUCAUUUAGGUUAGGCUAUUUGAUUGGAGAAUCCGGCAUGAUGUAAAAAGUGUCCCUCUCAUUACAUUUUAUCUCCAGCCUGUAAAGCUACAGAAAAGGCCACAUUCUCUUUCUACCAUAUUUAUAUAGCUAAUGUGCAGCCUCCCUGUCCUGGUGCACUGCACAAGUAGCUAGGUAAGUGUUCUAUCUAGCCAAGACGUCAUUACCAGAGAAAUCGCGGGCAUUAGCGCGUGACCAUCUGACUGGCUAGGAGGAGACCUGGCUCACCAGCUAGUCAGAUUCUUUGAGUGGACACUGCAAUAAGAUGAGAAGAUAUGAAAUGCAGCAGGCCAGACCUACUGCAGGUUGUUUCCUUUCCAGGCUGCCUCUCUGUGCCUCUGUUUACCCAGAAGAAAAGGAGCAGGCUGCCUUUGACAUCUAAUCCCUCUGAGAAUGAAUUCUGCUCCAGCAAUGAAUACAUGUCCACACACAGCGCUGUUUCAUCCAACAACAUAUCUGGUAACACAGAAUAUUUCCAAGAUCAAGACCCAAGCUGUCCUGCACCUGCUGCUCAGAACAGUCAGUGGAACAGACAAGGCAACCAGCAUCAGUCUCAACCACAGUUUCAGUAUCCAAACAGUCGACUUGCACCUGAACCCGUGAGAAGAAACUUUGCACCUCUACCACACCCAUAUAAAGCUGUGAAUACAGGUCCGCAGAUGGGACAGCAACAGCCACCAGUGAGGCAGGACUCCAGAGCCCCUAUGAACCCCAGACAGAGCAACUACAACAGCCCUUGCAGCAGUGGGAACACACAGAGCAAGCCAGUACCCCCAGGUAGCUACUCUCAUAUGGGUCAGCAGCAGCAGUCUGGCUACCGACAGGGACAGGCCAACCCACCAGAGCCUCCUUUCUGCUCCCAGCAGUCUACACCCAUUACCACAACAAGCAGACCAACUCCUGGCCCUCCAAACAGACCAACUCCUAGACCUGGACCACAGCAGCAGAAGCAGGACACAUCCUGGAAGUUUAAAAUGACCACCAACACUGGGCUACAGAAACAGCUGAUGGACAGUAGAGACAUAUAUCAAGCUCAAAAUACCUCUCAGUCUCAGGUACAACAUACACCACCUGUGUUCCAGAUCAAACCAGCAACUGAGAACUCUUUGAGGAUCCUGACUGCUGUCAUCGAUGGCAUGAGACACUGGAGCCAGUUCAAGGACAGUGCUCCGUACCUAUUUGAGAUUUUCGCUACUCUUGACUCUGCAGUCACCACCGGGUCUCAUGGAGCUAAGAACUUCCUCAUGAGAGAUGGGAAAGAGGUGGUGCAGUGUGUCUUCUAUGAAAAUGAGCUGGACCUUCCCAGGCUGAUCCGAGGACAGGUGCACCGCUGUGUGGGAAACUACGACCGCACCAGGGACACACUCACCUGCAUGUCUGUCAGGGCUGCCCUGCACUCCGAGCAGAUGAAUGCACAGGAGUCUGUCAAAGCAUCGGAUGCUGAGAUGAGGGGCCUGGUGAAAUCACUCAGUGAAGUCUGAUCAGAGGCACAGAAACACGUAAAGGGCAAUUCAAGGACAAUGCAAUUGUUUUUGUCCAUGGUUCCUUGUGAAUAUCACUAUAUGGCAAGUGUUCUCCUUUUCAUUAGAAACUGCGGGAUCCUAUAUUUCAAGCGUUGUCAUCUUUAUUAGAAACUGAAGGAUCCUAUAUAAUGUCCUGCUGUAUAUACAGUGCCUUCGAAAAGUAUUCAGACCCCUUGACCUUUUCUAAAUUGUUACGUUCGCCUUAUUCUAAAAUUGAUUAAAUAGUUUCCCCACUCGUCAAUCUACAUACACAAUACCCCAUAAUGACUAAGCAAAAACAGGUUUUUAGAAAUGUUUGCCAAUUUAUAAAAAACUGAAAUAUUAUUCAGACCUUUUACUCAGUAUUUGUUGAAGCACCUUUGGCAGCGAUUACAGCGUCAAGUCUUCUUGGGUUUGACACUACAAGCUUGGCACACCUGUAUUUGGAGAGUUUCUCCCAUUCUUCUCUGCAGAACCUCAAGCUCUGUCAGGUUGGAUGGGGGGGGGGCGUUGUUGCACAGCUAGUUUCAGGUCUCCCCAGAGAUGUUUGAUCAGGUUCCAAGUCCGGGCUCUGGCUGGGCAACUCAAGGACAUUCAGAGACUUGUUCCCGAAGCCACUCCUGCGUUGUCUUGGCUGUGUGCUUAGGGUUGUUGUCCUGUUGGAAGGUGAACCGUCACUCAGUCCUAGGACCUGAGCGCUCUGGAGAAGGUUUUCUUCAAGGAUCUGUCUGUACUUUGCUCUGUUCAUUUUUGCUUAGAUCCUGACUAGUCUCCCAGUCCUUGCCGCUGAAAAACAUCCCCACAGCAUGAUGCUGCCACCACCAUGCAGGGAUGGUGCCUGGUUUCCUCCAGACGUGACGCUUGGCAUUCAGGCCAAAGAGUUCAAUCUUGGUUUCUUCAAACCAAAUAAUCUUGUUUCUCAUGGUCUGAGAGUCUUUAGGUGCCUUUUGGCAAACUCCAAGUGGGCUGUCAUGUGCCUUUUACUGAGGCCACUCUACCAUAAAGGCCUGAUUGGUGGAGUGCUGCAGAGAUGGUUGUCCUUCUGGAAGGUUCUCCCAUCGCCACAGAGGAAUUCUAGAGCUCCAUCUGGUUCUUGGUCACCUCCCUGACCAAGGCCCUUCUCCCCCAAUUGCUCAGUUUGACCAGGCGGCCAGCUCUAGGAAGAGUCUUGGUGAUUCCAAAUUUCUUCCAUUUUAAGAAUGAUGGAGGCCACUGUGUUCUUGGGGACCUUCAAUGCUGAAUUUUUGUUUGUGCCUUGACCCAAUCCUGUCUCUGAGCUCUAUGGACAGUUCCUUCGACCUCAUGGCUUGGUUUUUGCUCUGACAUGCACUGUCAACUGUGGGACCUUAUAUAGACAGGUGUGUGCCUUUCCAAAUCAUGUCCAAUCAAUUGAAUUUACCACAGGUGGACUCCAAUGAAGUUGUAGAAACAUCUCAAGGAUGAUCAAUGGAAACAGGAUGCACCUUGAGCUCAAUUUUGAAUCUCACAGCAAAGGGUCUGACUACUUGUGUAAAUAAGGUAUUUCUGUUUUUAAUUUGCAAACAUUUCUAAAAACAUGUUUUCGCUUUGUCAUUAUAGGGUAUUAUGUGAUUUAUAAAAACAAGAAAGAAUUUAUUCCAUUUUAGAAUAAGGCUGUAACGGAACAAAAUGUGGAAAAAGUCAAGAGGUCUGAAUACUAUCCGAAGGCACUGUUGAUACUUGACAUGUUGGAAGAUUCUUCCAGGGAUGAGUAGCACAUGAUUCCCCAUUAUUUUGAAAGAAUAGUCAGAACUGUGUUGUUCAAGUGUAAAAUUUUAUCUGCUUGUUAUCUGUUUAUGACCAGCAACAAAUUAAGAUUGUGUUUAUUAAUUUCACAAUGUUAAAUUAUAUAAUUGCAUCUAUAUAUUAGCAGAUUAUAUAUUUAAUUAUUAUUCUUCCCAUUUUUAUAUAGUCUUAUACACAUAUUUCCAAUGUUUCAUAUGUGUCAUUCAGUUUUGGGACACAAAUAAAAACCC